GGUAAUUAAAAGCGCUGCCGCCUCUGCCACCACCUCCUUCUCGCUGCGAGACAUGGGUGUGAUGGCUCCUGCCGUGAUAGAAAAACCAAGGCAGAGUCAGGGUUCGUCAUCUCGGCUCGCCAAAUGGACCCGUGGAGCAUUUCAACCGGUCUUGCCGGCUUCGUCUCCCUCGGGCUCAGGGCCAGCAGGUUGCUCAUCGAGUACUACGGCAACUACAAGGACCAAGAUGCCGACAUCGCCCAGACGGUAACCCGUCUGACCGACCUGUCCACCACGCUGGAGGACCUCCGGGCGGCACUCCGAUGCAGCAGCGGCAAGCGCGACGCCGAACGCGAGGUCAGAGCCGUCAUCACCAAGAUGAUCGAGAGUUGCGAUGGUCCCAUACGAGAGCUUCGGCAGCAGCUGGACAGGUUCCGCGAGCAUCGCGACGGGGGCAUCUGGGAUAAGACGGUCCUCGGGGCCCGUCGCUUGGCCUACCCGUUCAAAAAGAGCACGCUCACGAAGCUGCAGCGGAACAUCGCCGACGUCAACUCGCGUGUCAGCUUCGCGCUGCAAGUGCUGCAGCAGCACGCCAUCGAGGGCGCGCGAAAAGAGCUCAAGGAGACCGAAAAAAUACUGGCCGUGGUCUGGUCCACACAGGUGUCGCUGGUCAUGACCCUCUGGCUCAAGGCUCCGGAUCCGACGGCCUUCUACUCCCAGACCAUUAAGAAGAAGCAACCUGGGACGGGGCUUUGGUUCGUCCGGCGAUGGGAGUUUCGUGGGUGGCUCGCGGAGCCCAACUCGUUUCUCUGGCUUUAUGGCUUCGCCGGGACUGGCAAGUCCCUGUUGUGCUGCACCGCCAUUGAGUCCGCGUUCCGCUAUCGAGGCUCGAGGAAAAGCGUCGGAAUGGCCUUCUAUUUCUUCAGCUUUGCAGACCCGGACAAGCAAACCGUGUCUGGCAUGCUCCGAUCCCUGGUUCUGCAGUUGACGAACCAGCAGGAUUCAACCUUGCUAGAGCAGCUCUAUGCCAACCACCGCGACGCCGUCCCCCCGAACGAGGCGCUUCUGACCUGCCUCAAAGGCCUUGUGCGGUCCUUUGAAGACGUUUACAUCUUUCUGGACGCGCUUGACGAGUGCCCCCACGACUAUCGCCAUCCACGCGACUCGCAAAGGGACGAACUGCUCGAGGCCAUCACUGCGAUGCGGGAAUGGGGCGUGAGUGGCCUGCAUCUCUUGGCUACCAGCCGAGAUUCGGCCGAGAUUCGAGAAGUCCUUGGUCCCAUGGUGAACGAAGGCGUCUCCAUGAAGAAUCCAUCGGUAGACAAGGACAUUGGGAGAUUCAUCGAAAUGCAGCUGUGUCAAAGGCGGCGCCUUCGAAAAUGGACCGAACACCAUGAGUUGAUCAAGAGCGAGUUGACGCAACGGGCCCAAGGCGUUUUCCGGUGGGUUGACUGCCAGUUCGGUGCGCUCGAGAGUUGUCUUACACUGGCCCAGCUCAAAGAAACCUUAUCGACGCUGCCCUCCACGUUGAGCGAAACGUACGAGAGGGUCCUGGCGGGCAUUCCAGACCAACACAUCAAGCACGCGAAGCGCAUUCUGCACAUCCUCUACUACGCCUUUCACUCGCUGAGGGUUCGCGACGUCGCGCUCUUCGCCGCCGUGGAAGUCAGCUCAGACAAUGCCGCCUUCAACCCGGAAGACCAGCUUCACAUGGAGCUUAUCCAAUCCAUCUGCCCUAGUUUCAUCGAAGUAUCUGAGCGGUGGGGCUGCCCCUUUCAAGAUGCGACGAUGCGCAUAGCACAUGCCUCGGUCCAAGAAUACCUGGUGUCCAAGGACAUAGGAACGUGGAGCAAGAGGGCUGAGUGCUUCCGUUUGAACGACGACACCGCUCAUGCAGGCCUUGCCUGCAUGUGCCUCGCGCACCUGCUGUCUGACUCGCACAUUGAGGCCUCAAAGCCGCAAGACAAGGUUUGCGGGGACUGCGCCGACGAGCCCGGGACCUCCUUGGAGGCGCCUGAGUCGUUUUCACUGUACUGGCAACCGGAUCGGGUUGGCAAGGCGCUGCUGCAAACAAGCUUUUGGCAGGGGACCGAGAAGGAUCCGUGGGUAGGUCUGAUAGAUCCAAUGCCGCUCCUCCGUUCGAGAAGGCAACUCGACUGGGAGGCACUGAUGCGUGAAGUCGACUCGGCGGGGCAAGAGGAAGCUUGUGAGGGAAACAAAGAGCCCGAGGCCUUCAUGACGACCAGACUAUCACAGCUGGAACCUCCACGGUCCCAAGACUUGGGGUUAAAAGCGCUCGCUGGCAGAGUCGUCCAAGGGACGGACGGGCCAGUGGCGUGCAUGCCGCCGGCACCGUCGAGCAUGGGACCGAACUUUGUGUUCGAAGAAGAAGACAGCUCAGCCGUGCAUCCAAAAGACUCAGAAGCGUGGUCGGGCGACGCGAGGUGCCGGGUCCUGGAAUAUGCCCGCAUUCUCUGGAUCAAGCACUACGACAAGGUGGUCGACCCCGCCGAGAAGCGGCUCGCGGAGAAACUGGCCAUGCGGCUGUUUAGAGACCGUGAGAAGUUUGUGAGAUACGAGAUGCGCAACACGUACGGCUCGCAGCUCUACGUGGCCGCGGCCAGAGGGCUAGGCUUCCUCGUCGCGGGACUGCUGGAUGACCCGUCAUGGCGAGACGAUGGCGGCCACGGCCGUGCAGAUUCCCAUCCCCCGCGGCCCGCGGACGUGGCCAACGAAAGACAUGACCGCAAGGUGAGGGCCGCCUUGGACGACCAUUACAAUGCCCAGGCCUGGCCCCCUGGUCUCGACGGCACAUGGUUUCCGGAAUGGUUCGGGUCGAGCACGCGCCCGUACAUCGCCAGCGGCGGGACGGCGCUCCACGCGGCCGCAUGGGCCGGCCACCUGGACAUCGUGGCCCUGCUCCUGGAUCACGGCGCCGAUGUCAACGUCCAUUGCGGCCAGACGGCCCUGCAAGCGGCAGCGUGGGCGGGCCGCCGGGACGUCACGGCGCUGCUGCUGGACCGCGGCGCCGAAAUCAACCUCUCAACAAGGGGAUGCGGGAGCGCGCUCCACGCGGCGGCCAUGCACGGCUACAGCCUCCUCGUGGAACUGUUCCUCGACCGAGGCGCUGACGUCGACUUCCAGUGCCGCGAGCACGGGACGGCUCUGCACGCGGCGCUGGUGUCGUGCCGCAACCUCUGCGUCGAGAGCCUCUGCCCGUGGAGCGAGGGCGACUUCUUCAUCCACAACGAGCUCGACGAGAGUCCCCGGCCGGGCCAGGAGCCGCGCUUGGUCGUCGUGGCCCUGCUCCUUGGCCGCGGCGCCCGCGUCGACGUCUGGAGCCGUCACUACGGGACGGCGCUGCAGAUGGCCAAGGGCCUGGGCUGCAGGAACAUGGUCGAGCUCCUACUCGGCCGGGAUGCCGACGUCAACAAGUCCACCUUGGAGGGGGCUAAAGACGGGACGGUGCAGCGUACGACGGCGCUGUCUGAACCACGAUGCGCAUAGCUGAUGUCUGAUCGAGUUGAGGGGGAGGGCCCAGGGCUUUUCUUGAAGAUGACGGUCUAUGACACAGGGCCGUCUUUCACUUCCGAGAAACUCGCGGCGAAUGUCUGGCCAGCUUCCGAACCGGCGGCGGCAGGUUGCCAUGGGCAGCGUUGACGAACCGGCCCGACCCCGGGGGCCGGACCCACAGUCGGAGCCGAAGGCGGAGCCAGAGUCGGGGCCAGAGUCGGGGCCUCUCGAUAGCUGAGACAAACGAUUUCUCGAAUGACCUUUUUUUUCCCUUCCAAGUUCUCGACCCAACGCAACAUCCGCCGCUGUCGAGUGCCAGGCCUGGCAACGUCUCCCGUGAACCUGAG